AUGGGCAUGAUCUCUCGAGUGCGCGGGCGCAUUAGGAGUGAUUCUUUCUCGAAAAUUCACACGCUCAAAUCUGAGGACAAACUUGCCAAUAUCGUAUGGCUGCUGUCCUUGGUCCUACUAUUACCAUAUUGGGCGCCGAGAGGGUUGCUGGUGGCGCUCGGCGGUGCCUGGCUGAUGGCUGCGUACACGUGUUUGGUGGUGCCUGUUCUCAUCUCAGCCAACUACAAAUACCCAGCGACGUGGUACCCUGCCGUGGUCAAACUCGCUCAAGAAUUGGCAAAGAAGUUGCGGUCACCUGUAUCGCGGGUGAUGGGAGUCAUGAAGGCUGUGUAUGCGCCGGUAGAACGCGCUGAGAAACUCUUCCUGCAGAUGAACAAUCUUUCAACUAUGAUUGGACAGUUACUGAUGUUCACAGCUUGCGACCGCCUGCUGGUCUCCCAAGGCAGACUGACCUGUCUCUACUCCUUGAUGUUCUACAACGUCGUCACUUACUCCGUCAGCUAUGUCCGUGAGAUCUGCACCAAAGAAGACUGGUCACCCUACGUCAACGUCACUCGCCAUUCCCGCGUCAAGCACCUCGCGAUGUCAGCCACGAAGAUAGUCCUGGAAUGGACGAAAGCGGUUACCUUUAUUGUCACCAUCACAUUCGUACUCCUCGCUCUUGGAUUGGAACAAGGAUUGGAGCAUUAUAAGCCCACAGCAUUGUAUACAGCCAUAACUGGCACAUACUAUCUUUUAACAGAGAGAACCUUCUUGGAGCUCUGGCCAAUUGGACUUACUGCUUUAAAAUUGGAGAGGUUAGAAGGCAUGGAGCUGCUAUACUUCGGCGUCUGGGCCAGAGCUAUUACUACAGUGCUGGCCCUGCCUUUAGUGCCAGCUUUGAUAUGGUACGAGCGAUGGAGGUUAUCCGCUCUGCUUUUCUACGUAUGUGUCUUCGUUCACGGAAGACAUAGGCUUGGAGAAGCUCUCAUGAAGCUGCAAGAAGCUAGGGGUUCCCUGGCGAGGUUUAGGCGAGCUACGACAGAAGAGCUCGCUACACUUGAGGACGUUUGUGCAGUGUGCUUGGGAACUAUGAAGUCCGCACGAGUGACGCCCUGUGCCCAUUUCUUCCACGCAGACUGUUUAAGGAAAUGCCUGGCGAAUUCAGAUAGAUGUCCCAUAUGUGUUAGGCCAUACGUGUUUUGCUGA